AUGGCUGCCGUGCUGAAGGCCACCUACCGUGCUGAAGUUCGCCGCUGCCUGCUGGACAAGGACGACCUAUGCUUUCAAGGCCUCUCGCGCCGGGUCUCCGAGCUCUUCCCGGAGCUGCCCCAGUACACCGCCAAGUACAUGGAUGAGGAGGGCGACGUCUGCACUCUCUGCGAAGCCUCCUUCGCUGACUUCCUACAGGUCUCUACGCAGACGAAGAGCGCCUCUGGCAAUAUGCCUGGCAAUGACACCAAGGUUAUCCUAAAGUUGGAGCUCCAGGCGGUUGGCACCGCAGCUGUGCCGCCCAAGCCCGCCAUCGCGAGCGCCGCCAAGGCAGCGGCCACCACCCAGCCGGAUCUGGAGAUGAUCUCCGCUGCGCCUGCAACUCCUGUCCCUACGAAGGAGGAGGCUCGCAUGGAAGUCGAGGAUCCCAAACCGGAAGUCGCCUCUGCAGCGCCAACCGCAGACGCCUGCAUGGACGAGGACAUGGGCCAUCCGGACAAGGACAAGGAGGAGGAGGAGGACCAGGCUUCCGGCCCCAGCACCAUCGGUCAGAUCCUGUCUCCGAUGGUCCUGGCAAGCGUCGCAGUGUGCCACCUGCCACAGGCUAUGGCUGCUGUGGGAGAGCACGAGCCCGUCGAGAUCGGCCAGGCUGUGUGUGAUGCACUCAGCCACGCGCCGCCUCUGAAGGACGCACUGCGCGACCUUCGCGAGCUCCUUCCCUCCGCCGGUCUGGAGCACGUGGUGCCGGCCCUCGACGCACUCCUCGCAGACGUGACGCCAGAGACUGCCGGGCAGCUCGUGCUCUCGUUGGUGACUGGCCUCGACUUGCUGCCCUUCGAAGACCAGCACAAGCUGUUAACUUCAUUCUUCGCAUCGCGACACCGUGAGCUGAUCCAGCUCUUGGAGAAUAUGGCCCCCUCCUGCAUGAUCGAAGGCGCUCUCACGCACCACGCGGUCUGUGACGGCUGCGAGGCCUCGCCGCUGAAGGGUCCACGGUUCAAGUGCACGAGCCGCCCGGACUUCGACCUUUGUGGUACCUGCUAUGCCCGCAAGCGCGAGAUCCUUGGAGCGGAUGCAGGGGACGACUUCGAGUGCAUCUUGUCGGGUAUGAUGCCCGUCGGCCUGGGAAGCCUCCUCUCCGGCAUGAAAGGCAAAGGGAAGGGCAAAGGAUGCAAGGGCAAGGGCGGCAAGAGUGGCAAGAUGGGUGGCAUCCCCGGCUUCUUUCAGGACAUCAGCCAGCACCCGCUGGCAGGCCUCCUCCAGCAGCGUUUUGCUGCAGCGGCCGAUCGCGUGGGCAAAGCAGGGGAUCGUGCGGGCAUGCAUACCGGUGCUGCUGGCAAUGAGAAUCCGCUGGCCGGCAUUGCUGGGCUGCUGGGCGAGCUGGCUGGCAAGGGUGGCAGCCAGGAGCAGUCGAAUCCCUUGGCUGGCCUUGCCGGCUUGUUCGGCCAAGGCAGCCAGAACCCUGGCGAGAAUCCCUUGGCGGGUCUCGCAAACUUGUUUGGUGGCAAGGGCCAGUGCAAGGGUGCGGGCUGCUCGGACCCGCCGAGUGCUGAGAACCCCUGGGCUGGCCUCGCUGGGCUCCUCGGCGGCCUCGGCAAGGGCAAAGGCAAAGGCGGCAAAGGCUGCUGUCCCAGCCCAAGCGGAGCUUCGCCGAUGCAGACGGAGUCCAGCGAGUCUAACGGCUACGAGCAGCCCGCGGCUUCAGCGCCUGCACCGACGGAGGCCGAGCCAUCUGCCCCUCCCAUGGACCAGGUCAAGGAGGUCGACCCGCCCAGCUCGGAGGUGCCGGCAGCGGAGAUGUCCAAGCCUCCGGCGGCCAAGCCAGCAGAGCAGCCGUCCGGCGAGGUGAAGGAGCCGGGCCUUCGAUACUCCUUCCCCGUCCAGGUCGAUGAUGGCCGCAGCCUCCAGAUUAUGUGGACGUCAUCUGACGACCGGGAGCAGGUGGCCAAGGAGUUCAUUGCGAAGUACCGGCUGCCGGGGGACCAGGUGGGCGACAUAGUCGCCUUCAUGCAGCAUGCAGAGUCGCUGAGCGCCCCGAGCUCAAGCAACGCAGCAUCCAGCUGGGAAGAAGCGCCAGGGGUUGAGGCUCUCCCGACCUAUGCGGAGCAGAUCGCGCAGAUCCAAGAUCAGGGCUUCACUGUCGAUGUGGAGGAGCUUCGAAACCUCCUUGCUGCCUUCGGGGGCAGUGUGGAGAAGGUGGUGGAAGCGCUCGUCCAGGGUUGA